AUGUCAUCUAGGUACACAAGGAUCUUGCCGCCGACGAUGAGGUCAUGGAAGAUCUCUUUCAUCAUCGCCUGGAAGGUCGCGGGGGAGUUGGUGAGACCAAAGAACAUCACCAAAGGCUCGUACAACCCUCGGUUAACGCCGUACCAACUCGUGACAGCCUUCCAUUUGUCACCGGCCUUGAUCCGGACGUUAUUGUAUCCCCAUCGAACGUCGAACUUUGUGAAGAGCGUGGCACCGCGGAGCUUAUCCACCAUUUCGGCUAUCAGCGGCAGGCAGUAG